AACCCAAAGCCCCUCCUCGCCACCAGGCGGCGCUGUGACUGCCCCCUGCUUUGGCGUGCGUCACUGGAGAAAAGCUUCGAGGGCUCGCGGCUGCUGAUCAGUCCGCAGCAGACCUCCAGCUGCACGCGAUGCCUUCUCCGAUCCCCGUGAGCCGCCUGCUGCCCAGAGACAUCUACCCCUGCGUGGACAUCGGGACCUGCAGCAGUCCGCUGGCCAAAUACUCCCUCGGAACCACCUUGACGGUCCCCGUCCAGAGGCUCCACGGGAAGGUGGCCAGCCGCCUGUGGUCCACCGUGAUCCACUGGAAGGAGCUGCGCGCCCUGCAGCCCGUGGGCUCCGGCGGGUUCGGCUCCGUCUACCGGGCCGAGUACCGCGGGGACACCGUGGCGCUCAAGAGGGUCAAGAAGUGCACCAAGAACAAGCUGGCGUCCCGGCAGAGCUUCUGGGCCGAACUCAACGCCGCGCACCUGCGCCACGGGAACAUCGUGCGCGUCAUCGCGGCUACCACGUGCGUCCCGGCAGACUUUGGAGACGAAAGCAGCAUUGGAACCGUACUGAUGGAGUUCGUCGGGAGCCGCAACCUGCAGCAGGUGAUCUACGGCUGCGCGGCGGAGCCGCUGGGGGAGGACCGGUGGCUCCGGUACGCCGCAGACGUCGCGCGCGGCUUGCGGUUCCUCCACUCCCACGGCGUUGUGCACCUGGACAUCAAGCCAGCCAACAUCUUGGUGUCCAGUGAAGACGUUUGCAAAAUCGCUGAUUUCGGCUGCUCUCUGACACUUGAUCAUGGCUGUGAAGUGAGCUCCAUCAGCCCCCACCUGAGCCACGUUGGCGGCACGUACACGCACCGGGCUCCGGAGCUGCUCAAGGGCGAAGGGCUGUCUCCGAAAGCGGACAUCUUUUCCUUCGGCAUCACCACGUGGCAGCUGAUCACCAGGGAGCAGCCGUACACUGGCGACAGGCAGCACGUCAUGUACGCGGUUGUGGCGCACGGCCUGCGCCCAUCGCUGCAGGAGCACCCGGCGUUUGGGUCGGAGCUGGGGCGGCAGUGCGCGGCCCUGCUGAGCCGGUGCUGGAGCGCGGAGGGCCGCUGCAGACCCACGGCCGAGGAGCUGCUGCCUCACCUGGAGCAGCUGCGCUCCCAGGUGUGAGCAUGUGCUUCCUUCCACAGACUGGUUUUAGAAGGUGUUUGUCCUCAGAAGUAAAGGUGGCUCUGUUGCCGGAGAUCCUCGUGGAAGGAAACCAUCCAACUUUGGCUGACAGAUAACAUUGACUCUCACUCCUUCAUCUAUGGAAUCAAAUGUGUUUUAUGUGCCAUGAUGAGAUUGUAUUGUGAUAUUUAAGUGUGAUGGGUUUCAUUAAAAGUUCUUUUAUACCAUG